AUGAAACCAUCCGUGACUGAGUUUUAUACUGGAAAAUCAAUUUUAAUAACCGGAGGUACUGGUUUUUUGGGCAAAGUUCUGAUAGAAAAACUCCUGAGAAGUUGUAGUGGAAUCAACAACAUUUACUUACUUUUAAGACAGAAGAAAGGCCUAAGUAGCGACGAACGCUUAAAAGAACUACGCAGUAACAAGUGUUUUGAAAAUUUAAAUACAAAGCAACCAGAAGUUUUUGAUAAGCUGAAGCUCGUACCUGGAGACAUACUCGAAGAAGAUCUUGGCAUAUCAAAUGAUGACAGGCAGGAAUUGCAACAAAACUGUAAUAUAGUUUUCCACAGCGCAGCAUGCGUCAGAUUUGAUCAAAAAUUAAAAGACGCGGUUAACUUAAAUACUACGGGAACAUUGCGGGUGCUAAAAUUAGCUGAAACUAUGAAGAACUUAGAGGCCUUUGUACACCUCUCCACAGCAUACUGCCGUUGUGAACUGGAUGUACUGGAAGAAAAAUUGUACCCGGCUAUGCACAAACCGGAACAUAUCAUUAAGAUCGUGAAGUGGAUGGAUGACGCGACGCUUGAUUAUUUGGAACCUAAACUUAUUGCUGUGGAACCAAAUACCUAUUCCUAUACAAAAGCAAUUACUGAAAAUUUAGUCGCAGAAUACAAUUCAAAAUUUCCUGUUGCUAUUGGACGACCGUCUAUUGUCACAUCCGCAUGGAAAGAGCCACUUCCCGGUUGGGUAGACAACAUGAACGGCCCAACUGGACUUCUCAUUGGCAGUGGAAAAGGUGUCAUCCGCACAAUGCACUGUGAACCAUCGUAUCAAGCGGACGCUAUUCCAGUCGACGUUGUCGUUAACGGAUGCAUUUUGAUUGCUUACGUUACAGCUCUUGAUAGACCUAAGGAAAUGCGUAUAUACAACAUAACGUUAUCGGGAGUGCAAAGGAUUACAUGGAAAGAAAUUAUUGAUCUGGGUAAAAAAUGGUUCGAUAUAUACCCAUUCACAGUAGCGUUAUGGUAUCCCGGUGGUUCAAUAAAAUCGUAUUGGCUUUGGCAUCAGAUAUGUCUCUUUUUCACUCAUCUUCUGCCAGCGUAUAUUGUCGAUGCCCUGCUGAUUCUUCUGGGCAAGAAAACUUUCUUAAUCAAAACUCAAAGGCGUAUCAAUCAUGGCCUCGGCGUCCUUCAGUAUUACACUACAAAAGAAUGGUACUUCAGGAACACAAACUUCCUAUCGUUACAAAAUAGGAUAAGCACAGAGGAGAAUGAGAUGUUUUUCACGGAUGUUAGCAUGGUGAACCGUGACGAAUAUGUAAAGGAUUACGUUCUAGGAGCUAGACACUAUGUUUGUAAUGAUGACCCUGCAAACCUACCACGUGCUAGAAAGUUAAACACUAUCCGCUACAUAGUAGACAUAGUGGCAAAAAUUUUGCUCAUAGGUCUCUUCAUUUGGUUUCUGUACUCACGUUUCCCAGCCGUUGCGUCUUACGUUGAAUCAAUUAAAGAAGCACUCAGAAAUUGGAUGGAUGGAAAGAAACCUACAUCAUUUUCUACUAAACUAAAAUAA